CGAUACGGGGACGCGUUCAUUCGCGGGAAUAAUGUGUUGUACAUUUCUGCUGCAGAACCGCUAUAAUCAUAUAGUCGCUUUGACUCUUAUCGUACAAUGUGAACAUACUUCAUGCAGAUCCUCGUUAUGAACGCGGCAGCCCGCAAUGCAUGUAUAACUGGGGACCUGCCUACUACUACACAGUUGUUCACACACCAAAUCGACGCCGAUCCCAACAACUUUGAUUUCUAUGCCAAUCGUUCAUUCGUCAUGGCGAGACAGCUUGCCUGGAAUGACGCGCUUCAGGAUGCGACCAAGUCAGUUAGCAUUGAGCCCUCCUCGAUUGGCUAUAUCUCCAAGGGCCUCGCCCUCUGCGGAAACCAGCAGGUGCACGACGCAAUGGCAGAAUUAGACCUCGCGUUCACGUUCACGAACGCAGACCCAAAGACGACUCAUUUCCUUUUCUUGAUUAAGGCUAUCGCGUUGUUCAACGUCAAUCCCCGCGAACAGACCGUGCUGCCCGUCCAAGAGCUAGCCGCUCAGAUGCUAGUAAGGACAAGACGUGGUCUACACAAACAUCUGCACAAACUGAGUAAUUAAGUCCGUGGACUCCGCACUUGACAUCGCAUGCUGUCACUCAGAAGUCUCUUUCUGGGGGGCAUCAUCAGUGCGAACUGGCUGGCUUUGACUUUCUGCAGAGAAAUGGCGCGUGUAAGUUGGACAUGCUCAAGGUCAGGACGGAAGAGUUGCAGGAAAGAGCGUGUUUUUUUCAAUGCGUAUGGCCAUUGACUCUAACCCAUGGCAGUGUGUCAGUGAAUCCUAUCCUACUGCGCCACACUGUCGUUCAAGCAAGUUAAACGCGCACAAAGACAUUUCACACGAUAUUCCUGAAACUGUUCAUGCACGUCCGUCAUUGUUGA